AUGGCCAUCGUGCAGGAAUACCAGGAUCCGUUGUCCGCCAACUCAAACCCCACCUUCACUCUCUCGGCCAAAAUCCAACGCGAGGUAGAAGCCAACGGCAUCGCCCGCCCAAAAGGUUACAAAGUCUCAUGGCAUUAUAACCCAGCUGUGGAGGACCAUCACUUUGGCCAAACGCAUCCCAUGAAGCCCUGGCGUCUGACCUUAACCAAGUCCCUCAUCCUAUCUUACGGCAUGCACAUGGCCAUGGACUGUUACACAUCCCGUCCAGCCACCAGAGAUGAAAUCGCCGCAUUCCAUAAGGAGGAAUAUCUUCACUUUCUCAGUAUUGCCACUCCUCAAAAUCUCUACGAUCUGUACCCUGAACUCGCAACGGGUCCUCAAGGCUACUCAUCCCACGUUUUCGGUGUCGGAGACGACUGCCCUAUUUUCGAUGGCCUCUUCUCAUUCUGCUCGACCUACACUGGCGCGUCCAUCGACGCAGCCCGGAAACUCUGCAACAAACAAUCCGACAUCGCCAUAAACUGGUCUGGCGGCUUGCACCACGCCAAAAAGGCCGAAGCCAGCGGAUUCUGUUACGUCAAUGACAUCGUACUCGCCAUUCUGCAACUGCUCACGUGCCAUCCGCGUGUCCUGUACAUCGACAUUGACGUACACCACGGGGAUGGUGUGGAACAAGCAUUCUGGUCCACUGACCGGGUCAUGUGUGUCUCCUUCCACAAAUACGAUAAGGACGCGUUUUUCCCCGGGACCGGUCCGCUGGAGUCCACGGGGCCGAUCCACCAAGACAAUCCAGGAAAAAACUAUACCAUCAACGUCCCCCUCAACGACGGCAUUGACGACGAAAACUAUGAGUACCUCUUCCGCAGCGUCGUGGAACCCACCAUCAAGACCUACCGCCCCUCGGUCAUUGUGCUCCAAUGCGGCGCCGAUUCGCUCGGGCAUGAUCGCCUGGGGUGCUUCAACCUCAACGUCCGCGGCCACGGCAGUUGCGUUUCCUUUGUCAAAUCCUUCAAAAUCCCCUUGCUGCUCGUGGGCGGUGGUGGCUACACACCACGCAAUGUCGCACGGGCGUGGGUCCACGAGACAUCAAUCAGCAUCGGCGCAGACCGCUCGCUCAACCCGCAAAUCCCGGAGUUCGCGCCGCACCGCGAAGCGUUUCGGAAAGAAGGCUUCACUCUCUUCCCCAAUCUCGGGAACUGGAAAAAGGACCUCAACUCCAAACAGGACAUUGAAAAGAUCAUACGGCACGUGAGGGAACAACUGACGCAAAUCCGCGGCGCUCCCAGCGUCCAGAUGAAGUACAUCCCGCCGGACAUCCAGGGCUGGAGGGACGAGGUCGAGGAGGAACUCAAGGCCAAGCGUUUAGAAAAGGAGGAGAAGGCCGAGGAAAGGGACGGCGCGGGAAGCCUGUUGGCCAAGGCGAGCAGGAGAAGGGAGCUGGAAAGAAUGUCGGGUGGCAGCUCCGCCAUGGCCAGUGGUGCCGCGAGCGUGAGACUCGGCGAGGGUCCGAGCGGAUGA